AAUCGAGUGAGUGUCAUGUGGAUAAACAAACCGCGAGGACAGGCGCUCUGUCGUCACGAUUGGCUAGAGCUAUUUCGGCGCGGCAUGUAGUAGCCAAUGAACUGCGCAGGUUCCUUGCUGAGGGAGCGCGACGCUGUGCGGAGAAAUAAAAUCAACAAGAGGUCGUAUAAACGAGAUAAAUGGGAAGCAAUGAGAAAGUUUAUCCACGAUGCUUGAGGUGUUCUCUUCCUUGGAAGGCAAAUAAGCCUUCGUUCCAGUCGGAAUUAUUUCAGCACAAGAAACGCCGUACAAGUUUUACAAGCUAAGUUAAGCUUUUGUUUUGGGCAUAUGUCGUUAUAAUUUGAUUGCGCAUAUCAAAAUGAGCGACGCUUCGAAGAACGGACAGCCCAAACUGAAGCGGCAACGAAUGCCUCCAAAAAAGCAGUGUGUAUCUUCUGAGCCGCUUGCCAAAAUAACAAAAGUCACGGAGCUGAGUAAUGCGCGGAAUCACAAUGGAGAUUCUCAAAACAAUCUGGACCGAGGCAAUGGCCCGGAUCUUGCUCUAGAUGGGGAAAGGGAGACGGAUAAAGAUAAGGCGCGAGAGAUCACGAGCACGGAUUUCACUGUUGCCGAGGACGCGCAGGAUGAAUUGAAAGGCGAGAGCGCGCAUCUUAAAGAGAAGCAACCAACCGCUGAAUCCUCGGAUUGGGCCGCUAUGGCGGCGGCGGAGGCCCUAGCGAGUUUGACACGGAGCGGAGGAGACGCUGAGCGUAACGAAAGCGCCAAGGUAGACUGUAAUACAGUUAACUGCGAGGAUGUGGCAUCUUCAGCAGAAUGGGUUAGUCCACCUAAUUGUCAGAAAGCUAUAUCCUCGGAGAAUACGGCAGAAGAGGAAACCACAUCCAAAGUGAAUAAGUGUCGCAGCGUGAGAGUGGACUCGGAAGGUACAGAGAUUAUUGAUACGAGCGUUGAAGAUGAUGAGGGUGGUCUGGACUCGGGCUCCUCCUCUUCCUCCGCCUCUUCAUCAUGUUCUUCGGAAAAUGGCGAUAAUGAGUGUGCCAUCGUUUCAGUAGACAGCCCGGAGACACAGCGCUCCCUAGAGAUGCUGAUGCAGGUGCAGAACAAUUUAGAGAACAUCGAGAAGAGGGCGUCUCGGAUCUUUCGCAGAUUGGAGCUUAAAUUCAGCCAAAUGAGACGGCCUCAUCUAGAGCAAAGAAACGAGAUUAUUCGUAGCAUCCCGGGUUUUUGGGUCACGGCGUUCUUGAACCACCCCCAACUCUCUGCACUUAUAAAUGAAAAUGAUGAGGAUGCACUGAGCUACAUGACCAGUUUAGAGGUGGAAGAUUUUAAAAAUCCCAAGUUGGGGUAUCGGAUACGGUUCCAUUUUGGGAGAAACCCAUACUUUCAGAAUAAAGUUAUUGUGAAAGAAUUUCACCUUGGAGUUGCUGGAUCAGCAGCCUCUGUUUCCAGCCCAAUUUUCUGGCUCAGGGGUCAGAAUCUUGCAGCACAGAACCGAAUGGGAAAAUGUCCGGCCAAUCUGCGAGUCUAUCAGAGCUUUUUUAACUGGUUCACUGACCAUAGCAACCCCCAUUCAGAUGAGAUUGCAGAGAUUCUAAAGGAAGAUUUGUGGAAAAAUCCAUUGCAGUAUUACUUAAUUCCACAGAAGCAGAGUGGGGAGAAUGGAAGAGGAGAGAGAAGUGGAAAUGGGGAUGAAUGCGUUGUAAUCUCGGACUCAGAUGAAGAUAUGUACUGUGAGGAUGAGCAAUCAAAGAAGGAUGACAAUGAAAUGGAUGACAGUUCAGAAGAAGAUACACAAUUGGAUGGCGAAGUGGUCAUUGAUGGUUCUGAAGAUGGAGAGAGUACCAAAGAUGAAACUUCCAGGAUUUCUGAUGAUGAAGAAAUUGAUGUCGAGGAGUUAGAGGAGGCAAAAGUAGUUAAGGAACCAGAACCCAAAAGUGACAUUCGGAACAGUGAAGUGGAGGACGACCACCAUACAGAUGUUGUGGUGGAUGGAGGAAGUGACUAGGGAUCGUCAUAAGCAUUUAAAAGCAAUCAUGCGUCUGUAUAUAUAGUUCAGCUCUGUAUAUGUAAAUCCAGGUUGAAAACCACAAUGCCCAGCAUCAGCUGGUUUCAAGACUGGCAUAUAACUAGGUGAACACUUCCCUGAGCUUGUUUUUUUGCCAUUCUUUAGACUGUGUAGCCUGACACAACCAGUUUAAAAAGCACUUGAACAGUCUGUGAUAGCUUGCAUUGUGCCAUCUAUGUUUAACUGGGGGACCACCUUACAGAAGAUCCAAACUGCUAUUCCUGCUUUACCUUCUGCUUGGGAAGUACAAUUGCUUUUUAGGUUAUAAUUUAAAUAUGUCUUAUGAAAAAAAUUCUUUCUUGUUGUGCACUGUCAUGUCAUUUUUGUAAUAAGUGGUUCCUGUUUACUAUUGCUUUUUUUUAUUUCUUUUGGCCAGAAAUUUAUAUUUUAAUUUCAUAUAAAUCUGGCACCUGCUUGUUUCACAUCUAUUUUUCUCUGAAUGUUAUAUACGAUUUGGAGACUACUUAUAGACAGUAAAAAUAAAAGCAAACAAUAAAUACUGGAAAAUGUCUAGGUAGUAACACAUAGUUAAAAUAUAGUUAAACUAGUUCCAUACCUUGUACCUAAUGUUCAGUCAUCAUAUUUUGAAUGUGUUUCAUUACACUUGACCUGCAGUAUUAAUUCCUACCUUACUACUAAAAUUAAAAAAAAAAAUAAAUAAAAAAUUGUUUAAAAUAAUCAUAUCUUAUGCUGAUAGGGACAAAUAUGUCAGUAUUUUAUGCUGUGUUUUUUAUGCGUCUAUAUUAUUUAAAAUCAAAUAUGGUUUGUUUUUGAAAACUAAAAAGAGAGGCCAAAUUUGAGUGAUGAACUGCGCCAUGUGUAUGAUGUUGAGAUUGAAACCUUUUUCUGACGAUUAUACUUUCUCAUUUACUUUUUAUGUUUAUUUUAUAUAUAAAACACAUGGCUUAAUUCCUGGCUUUCUUUAAAUAGUAGCUCAACUGAUUUCUGUUUCAAGCCAGGUAUGUAUUCCACUGUCAUCCUAAUAGGAACUGAAUUUAUUUUGCUUGUUGAGGCAAAUAUUUUUGAAAAGUGCUGCAUAUUUAUUUAUCUCAGGAGUUGUUUUGUGGGUUUCCUUGGCUAUUCCAAACCCAACAAAAAAUUAUUGGAAAAAUAAAAGCUUUUAAUGACUGUUCAUUACAAUUAUUGGCCAGAAACCAAAAAGCACUAAUGUGUGUUAUUUCAGCAUUUAGCUGUUAGAGUACAAUUUUUGUAAUAUAAAUAAGUUUCUAUAUAUUUUGUAAAAAAAAAAAAGAAAAAAAAAAGAAAAAUUCCCUCAGCUCCUUCUCUACAUUAGAGAAUAACUAAUACAUGUUGAUGCAAAGGUGUCAGAUUAGCUCUAAAGUGUAUUUUAGUAAUGAUCCGAUAGUUUAAAAUUUAUAGUAAUUUUAAAACAUUUUUAAGGCAAUAGCAAUAAUUUGGUCUUUUUUGAUGUUUGUAAUUUAGAAGUAGAAAGUUGUGGGAGGGGGAUUAGAAAUCUUUUCCGUGAUGCCCAUGAAACACACAACAAAAGCUAAUAUGUGCCCGUCCUUUGAUGUGGAGCUAUGGUGGUGGUAAUGUAAGAUUUGAAGGCCCUUCAAUAGGUUGUGUUAAUCUGGCACUCGGGUGAUCUUUUCCCUGCCUUUGUAUUAUUAUUCUGACCCAGUUUUAUUCUUAUUUGCAAACAUCUUAUUGCACUAAUGGACAUUACUUUAUAAGCAGACAUGUUUCUAGUCAUUAAUCUGAUCAUAAAAUGUAAUUUACAGCCUAAGAAUGUAAAUUAUGCUUAUUUUUUCCUCAUUUGAAUGAUCACCCUAAUCAUGUUAGACAUUAUCUACUGCCUCUUCAGAGUAACUUACUUGCUGUACUGAUGCCUUUCUCUGAAGGUAAUACUUGUUUCAGUUUGCAUUUAAUAAUUGUCCAAGGAAUUUGUAAUUUUGUUCAGAAAGCAUAUGAGUGGUGUCUUGUCUUGGAAACAUGAAGCUUCCUUUAGAAUGGCAGCUGACAGUUUUAAAUUAGAUGCACUAUCUUUUGAAUGCAUGUUUCAAAUAUCUGUCUUCUUCUUAAGUAAAUAUUUCAGAGGGUACAUUUAAUGUACGUAAAUAAUCAAGAGUAUUUGUUCCAUCUUGUAACUUGCAAUUCCUUUUUCAAAUCUUGGGGCUUUGGAAAUGGCCUUGCAGAUGACUGAACACAUUGAAUAGCCUGUAAUUAAGUCUCCAAAAUCCUUUAAUUUCCUAUGUAGUCCAAGAUAUCUCAUGCCAUCUUUUUCAUCCUUUAGAAUUCAUCUUGUGAAAGGUAUGUAAAUAUUACCCCAUUGUGAGGGAU